AUGAGAGAUUCCCUGGAAGAACUACAACGCUCCCUUUGCUUCAGUGUUGCCAUGGAGGAAAGGUGAGGCCCAGACCUGCGUAGCUCCAGCAAGGCAGCUGCAUCGCUUGCCUCCAGACCAUCCCCUGGUAAAGACAUGAAUCAUCUCCUGCACUCAAGCAUCCCUUUCUCUGCACAGCAGCUGCAAGGUGUUAAAUCCUUGCUUCUGAAACAAUGUCUGGAGGAUUUGGGCUGUGGAGAAGCGCAUAAGCUGUGCCAAGCCCAUCUGUGAGCUAUCAGAGGCGGGGAGGCAGAAUGAGUGUGGCAGGUGGGUGACAGACUUCAGGGCCUGUCAUGCGCGGCGGACACAGGAGGUGGAGAUGGGAAGGGCAGGAGCAGAGAGCGCAAAGCUUUCGACUAAUAAUAAAUAGAACAUCUGUCAGUCCAUCGAUUUCUUUGUGUUUUUCUGGCUCCACAGACGCCGUUUCCCUUCCGUUCAGUUUCUCCAUCAAAACCGAAACAGUAUUUAAAAGUAAAAUUGUGCCUGAUAGACUGUGAACAUCUCUGUUCAUGGCAGUCAGAACAAGCCCACACAGCGUAUUUAAAUAACUGGAUCCCUUUCACUUACAAAAAUAAAUAGUGUCAUUUAUGUAAUAACAUUUUAAAACUCUCUCUCUUCUUUUUUUUUUUUUUUUUGAAUCUAUGGAGAGUUAAAUGCAGCUCCCAUUUUCUUUUCCUUAAAAAAAGCCCUAAUAUCCACCCCUCUCUAUCAAACAUGUGUAUUGAACUGUAGUUAAUUCUUCCUGCACACAGAAGCCCAGUUCAGAUGGAAGGAUCUCAGUGAGUAAAAUAAACCAUGGUUUAUUGGACCACAGAUAACCAUUGUGUUUGCAUGGUCCCCUUCCCUGCUCUUUCCACCACAUUUUUAUGCAAUACGCCUGAGGUUUGCCAAGCCAGAUACACAUCAUAUCUGAAACAGGAGCUGCUUUAAGCCCUACCUAUAAGCCAGGAUUGUACAGCAUGGGUUGUAUUCAGUUCUACUCAAAGUAGACUCCUAAGUUAAUCAAGUUCAUUAACUUCAAAGGAUCUACUCUGAGUAGGACUAGCAUUUAAUGUAUUUAUUAUUAUUAUUAUUAUUAUUAUUAUUAAAAUGGUGGAAAGCAGCAUCCGCAAUCAAUACUAACAGCAGAUCACCAUUUAUCUAUCUAUGUGGCUGAGCUGAAGUCUGAAAUGCAGGCUUUCUUGUUCACAGCUCUUUCUCAUAACCACUAUAAGCACAUAUAGCUUCUGCACAAUAACCACGCCAGUAAAUUUUCCCAUGAGUGGCUAUCAGAACAGCGCCCUUAAAACCCCCAAUCAAAGAGUCAAAUCACAGCUCUCUCCGUGCCACUUUCAUGUUUUCCUUUCAGCCACAUACAGAAUGGGGGAGGGAAGCUGCUGAUGUUGUUUUUAAAGCAGACCGCGAGUCUUGAGUUCAAAUGCUGCCUCCAGGAGCAAGUUGGGCUUGAACCGUGCUCUUUUAUUCAUUUAUUCGGGUGGCGGCUGCUGCUUUCGAAUCCCGAGGCCGUUCCGGCCUAUUUGUCAGGAGAUAAACGGGAGUGUCCAACCAGGAGAAACGGCCUGUCAGUCUGAUGUAGCGGAGAGACGGUGGCCAAGCGCUGGGGAUGAUAAUCCGAGGCGGGCGCUCCCUCGGGCUCCCUCUCGUCCUCCGCACCCAGCUCUUUUCGGUCCUCCUUAAUUAUUUAGAGUGGAAAUCAUUACCCUCUAAAGGGAUCUAGGGAGAAGGCCAUUUUGAGUGGUUUGCACUGUGGAGGCGGGGCGGGAGGGCUAGUGAGUUAAAAGGGAGGAGAGUGGCUGGAAGCCAGACUCCGAUCUCCCCUGGAAAGGCUAGGUAGUAAAAGCAGGGAUUGGGGUGGGGGGUGGGAGGGAUGGCUGCACUCAGGACGCCUGGGUUCUCAGAUGGAGCGUCUUAAAAGGGGAGGAGGAGGGGCAGCCCUCUGCUAAGGCGAUCAAUAGCGCUCUUGUCCAUGCCCGCCGGGCGCUGCUGCUCUCCAAGGUUCUGAAAUCCAGCGCUGCGUCCCUGCGUUACGUGCCUGCUUGCCUGCCUGAUUACGAGGAAAGUCCCCGAGGGGCUGCCGCCCCCUCUCUCCCUCCCUCCCGCCUCGCCAAGCUGUUGCCUUUGUGUCCAUCAAGCGUCAGGGGAGAUGCCCCCGUCCAAUCAGCGGCUUCCCUGUCGCGGGAGUCCGUGCGCCCCGGCAGCUGCGUCUUCCUUCCCCUCGCCAAACCCUCAUUGAGGCAAGAUGGCUCUCAGCAGAAGGGAGCAUCUUUGUUUUUGAGUGAGGGGCGUGUGUGUGUGUGACAGAGAAGCUGAGAGAGGAGACUGGGAAGGAGAAGCAACACGCCCCCAUUCUGCAAUGUAGAAACACUACAGCCUUUUGCAAGGGGGGGAAGCCAGAUCUGGCCCUCCACACCUUCCAGUGUGGCCCUCAGGACUCUGAAGCCACACUCCUUAGCAGCCCUCACUUGCACUCUCCUCGCGAGUGCUUUUGCCUGGCUGGGAUGUGUCCUGAUAGGAUAAGGAUUCAUGCUUGCCUGGCAGGAGGAUAGAGAUGGGGGGGGGGUUGCAGAAGCUAGCCAACUGUACAAAUAUAUAUAUUUCAUUUUGCCUCCCAGAAUGCAGCCCUCAGGCUAAGGUUUCCCAACAUUGCCGUUCUGUUGGAUGAGAGCCCAAGGAUCCAGGCUCCUGCUUUCAAACAAAGUAUUAUUAUUGCUAUUAUUAAAAUUUGUAUACCACCCCUAUAUCCAUAGAUCUCCAGGUGGUUCACAACAUAAAACUGCAAUAUAAAAAACACAAAAUAUAUAAUGAAAACAAGAACAAAAACAAACCAAUAACGUCAAUUUCCACAAUCUGCUGCACAUAGUGCUGGCCACAGAUGGCCUCUCAAAUUGAAGGAAGAGAAAUGGGGGGGGGGGGGGCGGCACAGACAUUUUCAGUGAUUCUUUUAUAGGGAGAGGAUAAAUUAUCCCAGUUUCUUCAGGAUGGGGGCUCACAAUUAGCCAUGGCAAUAUCACAGCUUUUCUCCUCCACCCUCUGCCCCACCCAUGCCAAGAGUCUCCUUCUUCUUCUUCUUUUUGCUGCUGCUGCAAGUGCUAACCAUGUAGCCACCAUUUUCCACCCUCCACAGUGCACUGGACCUAGCAAAGCUCAGGGCAUUGUGUGCUUGGGGGUGGUAGCCACCCAUCCACUCACCAAAAAACAUUAAUAUAACAAAAUAAAUCAUGGAGAAUAUUCAGAGAAAAUUCUGCAGUACUUUGGCUUUCUUUUUCUAAGGCUCUGAGAAAGAGGAAAGGGUGUGUGUCAGAGAUUAUACCCCCAAAAAACGCAUUCUGAGAAACUUUAGCUCAGAAUGACCUAAUGCAUUUCACACCCACCCCCUGCCCAAAUAUAUCACAUCAAAACACAAUUCUGCAUAGGCAAACCUGGGGCAACUGAUCCAGAAAACCAGAGAGCCAAUGAGCGAAACCGUUUAUGGUUUUAUCCAUGCGCUCAUUUUACCUAGUCCCCCAUCUCAUCAUUGUAUUAAUCCCCCAGAUGUAUUUGUAAAUCAUCCUCAUUUCAUCUCCUCUCGCCCUUCUCUUUCCUCUGCUAAAGGGAGCAAAGCAGUCCUUUUCAGUUUAUCUCACAGUAAAGCUGGGGGUUUUCCUUUGUGUUUUGGCAAAGUUAUAAAACAACAAAGAGUUUGGUAACACAGGGGUGGUAAUUUUAGUUCUUCUGGAGCAAAUCAGCACAGAGUCUUGUGAUGCCUUAAAGAUGAACAUAUUUAUUAGGAUGUAAGCUUUCAUUCACAGUGACAGCCUACUUCAUCAGAUGCAACCCUCGUUCAUAAAAGCUUCUACUUGAAUAAAUGGGUCAGUCUUCCAGAUGCUACAAGACUCUUUGCUGCAACAGAUGAAUGCAACUGCUCCCCUGGACACCAUUACUAAAGUUAUAGGCAGCAGGAGACUGACUGAAUUUACUUUCAAAAUCACUGGGAAAAGCAGCAAAUGAAUGAACUAAUUAUGAAUGGAUGGAAAUGGAAAUGAAUGAAAAAUAAACAAUAAAAAUGAAUAAUGGAUUAUUAUAACCUUGUACACCUCUAAGCUUAUUCAAGAGAGAAGACAAAUGCAUUGGAUGGCUGCCUUGAAAGAUCAUUUGGAAGCUCUAGCUAGCUCAGAAUACAGCAGCCAGCUUAUUAACAGAGACUUGUAGAGCCAACCACAUCUUGCCAGAGCUUAAAGAUCUGCGCUGGCUCCCAGUUUCUUUCCAGGAUGCAAAAGAAAUACUGAAACCAAUUACAAUAAACACAAUCAAUAAAAACUUUUUAAAAAAUUAAGCAUAGGUCUUGCAGAUCCUGCGCAACUAAAAGAGGCCACAAAUACUUGAAAACCUUUCCAAUUAAGGGCCAAAAGCCUGGAUAAAACAGGCAAGUUUUUGCAUGGUGCCUAAAAUAUAUAUAUAAAAAGUGUUGACAGGCAAAUCUCUCUGGGAAUAGCAUUCCACAAGUGGGGAGCCACCACUGAAAAGGCCAGUUCUUGCAUUGCCAGCCUCCAGACCUUGUGUGAAGGUGGCACACAGAGAAGGGCCUUAGAUGCCAACCAAAGGGUCAUAUAUAGGACCUCACAAUUUCUUACAGCAACCUUAGCUCUGUUUGGAUGUUCUUCUCACAGUUAUGGAGAACACAUGAGCAGCAAAACCAGGACUGUGCUGAGCGAUUCCCCCACUCCAGCUUGCAUCCGUCUGUCUAUCCAUACAGUGCAAAUGCCUGGAGCAAUAUGGGGAGCCUUUGUGUGUGCAGGAUUCCAUGAGAAACGCUGGGAAACCCUGGGGUUCCAGAACAUGUGGAUUUCUGCACCCCAGGGGUGUGGUACCUUUUUAAGCCUGAGGCUUGAUGAUUACUUUGUCCUUCUCAGAUAAGGAUUCUUGCUUGACUGCAUGGAGGGCAAGGAAGGGUGAAUGUGUAUGUAUGUGUAGAAACAAGCCCACUGUACAAAGGUGAUUUUUUUUGCACUUCCUGCUUUUGCCUCUGCCUGUGCCCAUCACUGGGCCUUGGGAGGCUGCCCAGAAGAGAACCUGGACCUCAGGCUGAAAAAGGUCAUCCACCCCAAUCUUAGGUGAUGGCAGUGUGAACUAUUAAGAGAUGCAUUGCAGAGCUCCAGAACUUGGACCUGUUUACAGCUAGGUAUAAGGUAUAAAGGGACAAGUCAAAGGCUUAAUGGGAAAACAAAGAAAAGAUCUGAAAAGGGAGGAAGGGACGCUACCUUAAAGAAUGGGGUCAAUGGUGUUAAACUGUACAGGGUGGUUUUGUUGUUGUUGUUUUUAAUGAUUACACUUGCAGCAAUCGUCAGUAGUUAACAAAUUAGCCUUUUCUCCCUCUCUCUCGUCUUCCAGGUUCCACAAUGAAUGCAGCCCGGAGGUCAGCCAAGGUGGACUCGGAGGUGACAGAGUCCCAGAUGGAGCCGUCCCUCAAUGCCACCGAAAUGCCCACCAAAGAGAAUGUUUUUUCUGACUUGAAAGACAAGUUCAUGAACAAGCUGAGCGACCUGCCAAGUAGGUGGAGCUUGAGCACCUUCUGAUGAAACGGGCUUGAGAGGGCAUCAAGAUAUGAUACAAACAAUGCCUAAUCUAUUUGAGUCGCAUACACUGGCAUUUCUUGGCACUAAAAUGAGGGUUCGGUUUUAAUUUUCGCACAGAGAAUGCACAAAGACUGUAUGUGUCCUCUAAUUCCACACAAGUGGAGCAAAGGAAGCUUGCAGAAUGUACUUCUGAAAUACCAGUUUGUUUACCCCCUCCUGCCCUCGUGAAGCUCUGCUUGAAAAUAUAUGGGCUUGGAUUGGUCAAAUCUCUGAAGCUAAAGUGUGGAUGUUAUAUUGGCUAACAGUUUUAAUGCAAAGUAUACAUAGCCUGAUUAGUGCCCCAUGGCCUAGAGAUGGAUGCUUUAUAUCUGUUCCACGUGUGGAUAUAACAUUAUAACAGCCCAGCUGCCUAUAUUAUUCUUCGCUAACCUAAUCAGCGGAACCUUUUGAGCUGUAUAAUCGACAAAGAGAUUUUUCUUCAGGCAGAGCUCCAUGGAAUUAGGUAACUCUGGAGAAAGAAGCCAGAGCUUAGGCCUGAAGGGGGAAAUGGAAGGUGUCCCCCCAAAUGUGACAGUGACACAAAAGCAGGAAGGCUUGCAAGGGCCUGUGAGGAUACUGUCAUGUGGAGGAAAAGCUUGGAAGGCUCAUGGAUGGAUUUAGGGAAAUGGCCUCACUACUAAGCUCGGGCUUAUAUCUUAAGCAUGCUUAUUAGGGAGUAAGUUCCAUUUCAGCUCAGGGAACAUUAGGAUUCUUUUAUUCAAGGACCAAAAGCAAGUAUAGCAGAAUAUCUUACAGAAGUUGCUCAAGAAGGGAAGGCUGAAAAAGUUCCCCCACCCCUGAAGUAAAAAUUAAAUCUCAACUCCUUCAGUAAUUAGGCAAACCACUAUCUCCCCUUCUGCCAUGGGGGUGGGGUGGGGGGAAUGAUAAUUUUGGCCUGCUUUGCUGGGCUGUCGUCAAGAUUCUUGCAUUAACUAACAUGCUUUCAGAACUUAGAAGAUGCACCGUAUAUAUAUUCCGUCCAAAAAGAGAGAAAAGCUGUUGAAGCUCACUCACUUUCACUGCCCCUCUGUUCUGCUCCUCUCCAGUCCCACCCUGGGCUUUGGCCACCAUCCUCAUAGUGGCCGGCCUCCUGCUUCUCUGCUGCUGCUUCUGCGCCUGUAAGAAAUGCUGUGGCAAGAGGAAGAAAGGCAAGAAAGGCAAAGACAAAGUGAAGGCUCAGAUCAACAUGAAGGAGGUGAAGGAACUGGGCAAGAGCUACAUCGACAAGGUGAGUCAAGGCUGGAGGCUGCUUCCCUCUCACGGCACCAGGGAAAGUCGUCGCUUUCCUAAGAUAUUUCUGAACUUGCACACUUGCACACAUGCAGGCAUCCAUAAUCCAAAUAUAAACUGACUUUUAACUAGGGAACUACACAAAAGCUGCUAUCAGUUUAGCACUGCCUAUUAGGCACUUGAUAGAGGGAUGCGGGUGGUGCUGUGGGUUAAACCACAGAGCCUAGGACUUGCUGAUCAGAAGGUCGGCGGUUCAAAUCCCCGCGACGGGGUGAGCUCCCGUUGCUCAGUCCCUGCUCCUGCCAACCUAGCAGUUCGAAAGCUCGUCAAAGUGCAAGUAGAUAAAUAGGUACCGCUCUGGCGGGAAGGUAAACGGUGUUUCCGUGAGCUGCUCUGGUUCGCCAGAAGCGGCUUAGUCAUGCUGGCCACAUGACCCAGAAGCUGUACGCCGGCUCCCUCGGCCAAUAAAGCGAGAUGAGCGCCGCAACCCCAGAGUCAGCCACGACUGGACCUAAUGGUCAGGGGUUCCUUUACCUUUACCUUAUUAGGCGCUUGCUUCUGUGCCUCCAAAAUACGUUUUAUAUACCUGAUCAACAUGCACGUUUUAAGAAUUGUAGAUUGUGCUGUGUUACAUACGCCAACAUUUCUGGGCAGAUCUACACCAUACCUUAAAAGCACAUGUAGUUUUUUAAGGGCAGAGAGAAGAUUAGCAGUGUGAGGUGGAACUACAGUUCCCAGGGUUCUUUUGGGGGGUGGGAAAAAGCAUGGAGUACUUUAGAUAUAUGGUGUGGAUUGCUCUCUGUCUUUGAUGCUAAUACUUCCCUGUUGGCUGCUCUGACCCUUCCCUCCCUCCCUCCCAGGUCCAGCCUGAGAUAGAAGAUUUGGAUCCAUCUCUGCUGCAGGAGCCCAAGGAAGAAAAGCCCCAGGAGAAGUUGGGGAAACUCCAGUACUCGCUUGAUUAUGACUUCCAAAGCACCCAGGUAGGGAUGGUCAGUGCUGCCAGCUGGGUUGGAUGGGCCAGUGGUCUGAUCCAAGGCAAGUAGCUUACCUCUGUCCCUCUUAAACAUUUCCCUAGCUGGUGGUGGGCAUUCUGCAAGCUGCUGACCUGCCAGCCUUGGACAUUGGGGGCACCUCGGACCCUUACGUCAAAGUCUUCCUGCUCCCAGAGAAGAAGAAGAAAUACGAGACCAAAGUGCACCGCAAAACCCUCAACCCCACAUUCAACGAGUCCUUCACUUUUAAGGCAAGUUGUCCUCUGCAUGUUUCCUCUUCCAUCUUGGCCAAAGUUCCUGAGCUUUGCUGAGCAUCUCUUCCCCAUCUAUUCCAUCACCUUCCCUUUUUACCAUUGGCUUCUCCCCAUACUUUGCGGAUCCUCUUCUCCUUCCUGACCCUAUCACACACAGUUUUACCACUGAAUCGACCAAUAGCACAGAGGCAGGGGGACGCAACAUUCCCUUCAGGGCAAACUACCAUGGGCCAUAGAUCAGUGGUGGGUGGGGCCAGAAGCAAAAGUGGGUGGGGCAACAAAUGCAAAUUUUCCCUUAGGGCAGUAGCCAAUGCCUACCCAGACAUUCAUAACUCCCUUUGAAUCCUCCAUCCAGGCAAGGAAGAAGCAUCAUCACAGUUGAAGGACACCUUCCAGCCAGGCCAAAACACUCAGGGGGCAAAGCAGAGCCUGUGAGGGGGUGUGGCCUGAGCAGAGGGGGUGGGGCCUGCUGAGAGUUCUGAGAGCCUGAUAGGUCCAGAGAGUUACAUUUGACCCUCAGGUGGGAGGUUCUGCACCCUUGCAAUGCCAUCUGCCAUUUAAUCAACUCGUUGUGUGUUUGGCCCUUAGGUCCCCUACUCGGAACUGGGUGGCAAGACCCUUGUCAUGGCCGUCUAUGACUUUGACCGCUUCUCCAAGCACGAUGCCAUUGGUGAGAUACGCAUCCCCAUGAACACAGUGGACCUGGCCCACGUCAUUGAAGAGUGGCGGGACCUGCAGUCAGCGGAGAAAGAAGAGGUAGGGAAUGAUCAGUGUGGACCCUCCUUCAGAAGUGCCUGACUCUGAAAGAGGGUUUGAACAUCACAGUUGGGGCCCUUUGCAUGUUAUUUUGGUGAAUUCUGAACUCACAGCUUAUUACCCCAGCUUUUGAUACUUGUAGGACCCACCUCAUUUCUGGGAUUGUGAGUUGUUUAAAACUGUUUUUAACAUUGUGUUUUAAUUGUUGCAAUUCACCUUGGGACCUUAGGGUGAAGGGCAAGUAAGACUCGUAAUCUGGUGAACCAGGUUCACUUCCUCACUCCUCCACAUGCAGCUGCUGGGUGACCUUGGGCCAGUCACACUUCUUUGAAGUCUCUCAGCCCCACUCACCUCACAGAGUGUUUGUUGUGGGGGAGGAAGAGAAAGGAGAAUGUUAGCCGCUUUGAGACUCCUUAGGGUAGUGAUAAAGCGGGAUAUCAAAUCCAAACUCUUCUUUUUCUUCUUCUUUUCCAUAAACAGCUGACAUCAGAUAGCUGGGAUGAUUUUACUUGUGUAUUUAUUUACAUUUAUAUCCCAUUUAUUUAACAUUAAUAUCCCACCAAGGAGUUCAAGGCAGCACAUAUGGCUCUCCUGCACUCUCCAUUUUUAUUUUUGCUUGCAACAAACCUGUGAGGUAAUUUAGCCCAGUGGUGGACUUUGUGCUCUCAUUUAUCCACACUCUAACUGCUACACCUUGCUGGCAUGUGGAGUUUGUAUGAUUCAACAUCUGGGGCUGUGAGGAGGAGACUCACAUGAGUCCUGACCACAGAAUUGGCAUCCUGUGGAUGGCAGGGAGGAGGUUGCCAACUGUUUGAAGGGUUUUGCCUGCACUAAAUCACCCACCCACCCCUUGAACAUGGAGAUUGGCUCUUGAUGCUUCCAUCCUCGCUCUAAACUAGCCCUAUUUUCCUCUCUUUAGCACGAGAAGCUGGGAGACAUUUGCUUUUCUCUCCGGUAUGUCCCUACGGCUGGGAAGCUGACAGUUAUUGUGCUAGAAGCGAAAAACCUGAAAAAAAUGGAUGUGGGGGGCCUUUCAGGUAAGAACUCACCAUUGUGGUAAACUGAAUCAGGACAUAGCAUGGGUUUCUUUUAGUUGGAAACCUUUCCUAAAGACUUAGUUCCAUGAUUCUAUGUUUCUAUGACUAAUGGGGGCAUUUGUGAAAAAGACUUAAUGGCUGAAGCAGAUCUAUAACCGGUUGUGCUGUGGUAUUAUGGUUUGCUACUCUUUUUUAAAUAUGUAUUUUUUCUUUGAAGUGGAUUACAAGUAUAUUUUCAUAUUUGUGGGCCUAAUUGGUGGUUGUGGUUGUUAUAUACCGAAUUAGAGCAUUGGCCCUCCCAGCUCAGUAUAAGCUUAUCGUCGACAGACAAUAUUUAACUUCCACUGUUGCUGGGGAGUCACAGGUGAGGAGAGUGUUGUUGCUAUGGACUCACAGUUGUCCAUGGAAACUCAGGUUAAUUCUGUGUCCAGGGAGGCUGUCUACCAGCUCCACAUGGUGCGACGGCUGAGACCCUACCUGCCUGAACAUUGUCUUGCCAGAGUGGUACAUGCUCUGAUUAUCUCCCACUUUGACUACUAUAAUGCACUCAAUGUGGGGUUAUCUUUGAAGGUGAUUCAGAAACUACAACUAAUCCCAAAUGCGGCAGCUAGACUGGUGACUGGGAGUGGCCACCAAGACCAUAUAGCACUGGUCCUGAAGGAUCUGCAUUGGCUCCCAGUACAUUUCCAAGCAUGAUUCAGAGUGUCGGUGCUGACCUUUAAAGCCCUAAAUGACCUCGGCCCAGUAUACCUGAAGGAGUGUCGUUCAGCCCGGACACUGAGGUUCAGCUCAGAGGGCCUUCUGGCAGUUCCCUCAUUGCGAGAAUUGAAGUUACAGGAAACCAGGCCUUCUCAGUAUGUCUUACUGUCUGCUGUGGCGUGAACGCCCUCCCGUCAGAUGUCAAGGAGAUAAACAACUAUAUGACUACAUGACUUUUAGAAAACAUCUAAAGGCAGCCCUGCAUAGGGAAAUUUUUUUGUUGGAUGUUUUAUUGUGUUUUUCAUAUUUUGUUGGGAACCACCCAGAGUGGCUGGGGCAACCCAGUCAGAUGGGUGGCAUAUAAAUAAUAAAAAGCACAAUCAUCAUCAUGACCCCAUGGGCAUCUGGGUGGCCACUUGGUAUGGAAUCUACGCACAUAAUAAAAAAUACUGUACUGUGAAAAUGCUUUUUUUAAUGUUUUGAAAAAUAUAUUGAAUUUGCCUAUAACUCACUGUUGCCAUCUAGUGUCACAUUUGUAUAUUGCACUUUACAUCACACUUAAAACGUUUUAUUUGCAGCUGUAUAGCUGAGUCCUCUAAGAACAGAGUGCUGGACUAGAUGGACUGUUGCUUUUCUUAUUACCAGCAGCCGCCCUCUAGGAUUUCAAACAGGGCUCUCUCCCAGCCAUACCUGGAGAUGCCUGGAAUUGAACCAUGGACCUUCUGCAUGCAAAGCACAGAUGUUCUACUACCUCUUAGCUGUGGCCCUUCAAUAGACAUCAAAAUCACAAUUCAUUAGCGGUGGGGGAGAUGGGAACAUAGAUCACCAUUAUACAUUGCAUAAUGGAACCCCUGUGUGAUUCUGAAAUAUCUUUCUACUCCUAUCCCAGACCCCUAUGUUAAAAUCCAUCUCAUGCAAGGAGGGAAACGUAUCAAGAAGAAGAAAACAACCAUUAAGAAAAACACACUGAAUCCCUAUUACAACGAGUCGUUCAGUUUUGAGGUGCCAUUUGAACAAAUCCAGGUAACCCCCCAUCCUUCUCCCCACCCCCAUUUCACCCAAAGGCAGCCAAUUCUGAACUAGAGAUGUGUGGACAAAUAUUUUUUGCAAUCUUGCCAGAAAGUUACUUUUUUACACUUAUGCACAAGUGCUGAAUUUUGCAUAGGGGUUUCUGUCUGGUUAGUUUGCAUCUAAGUUUGUGUAUUUGUUUGGGCCCAAGUCAGGACAUGGUGGGCAAACUAGUUUGCUGUUUCCCGUCACUGCUCCACUGCAUGCUCAGAUAGCUAACUGGCUUGCUAUUAUUAUUGCCUGGGUGCUGAGCUGUUGUGGAUCUUUCUUCAUUCUGAGAGUUCUGGCUGUAAAAAUACUUGCACAUCCUCCCACCCCACCCCCCACUCUGGGUGGAUUAAUGAUAACAUUUGGAAAGACCCUCGACAUAUUCAGAACACUUCUUUGCUAUUACAAAUUAUGCCAAUCUCACUCUUAAAAGAAUAAUUGAUAAUCACGGUGUUCCUCAUAUGCUCCUGUGAGUAGAAAGAAACCCAGUCCUUAAAUCACGAUAGAAUCUGCUAGUUCUGGGUUAUGUACCAGCCUUUUCUAGAUACCGCCCCCCAAUUCAGUUGCAACCCUUUGAAAAGCUCCAGGCUUUAAGGAGGUGGAAAGACAUAGCCUCAUUAAAAUUAGAUGGCCCAACCUCGCCCCAGGUCAAAAAUACUUAAAUCUUGCCAAGUUUCCUUCUGAUAAUAAGGACCCAAUUGUUUUGGCAAAGCGGUGGGGAGAGGGUGCAGUUUUCAGCAGAGAAUGCUUAAUCCUUUACCCACCAGCCACUAUACACCGACAAACUGUUCACCUCCACUCCCCAAGUGCUUUCCCCUAGCAAUUUGGCAAAGAUGCAUCUGGAAGCCAAGCUGUGUGAGAGAGUAAACAAUGGGAAGAGUUGUAGGUGGAAAAUGGUGGGGAGGGAGAGGGUUAAGCUCGCCUAUUGCUCUUCUGCUGCUGAUCGUGCCUGUUUUCCCCCCUUUCACAGAAAGUCCAGGUUGUUCUGACGGUCCUGGAUUAUGACAAACUGGGCAAAAACGAAGCCAUCGGGAAGAUCUUUGUGGGCUGCAACGCCACGGGGGCCGAGCUGCGCCAUUGGUCCGACAUGCUGGCCAAUCCUCGGAGACCCAUUGCCCAGUGGCACACCCUGCAGCCUGAAGAAGAGGUGGAUGUGGCGGUUGGCAUAAAGACCUCUUGA